GAUUCAAAGAAAACAAAACCAGAAAAAGAUAAAGAAAUCCCUUGGUUUUACACCCAGAAAAUCCUUGCCAACUCGACUUGACUCAACCUUGCUUCAAUGCCAAAAGAAGCCAUCCAUGAAAUGCCAAAUUAAGCCAUCAAAAAAAGGGCACCUGGAGAAGCUACAUUUGCGCAUAGUUGCAUGUUUUUACGAUGCAGUUUUUCUACACUUCAAUUAUUAAUUGGAUAAACGUUGAAAUUUUAAAUUUUUUGUUUGAGGUAGUUGAGCCCUUUUGGAAUAUGCUUAGGUAUACUUGCACUCACAUCUUGAAAGAAAAGAUCUCGACCACAUUGGUUUAUGAUCUUCCUUUACCAAACGCAAAUUGUAUUUUAAAAGCUUAUGGAAAAAUAUUUCUUGAAAUAAAAGAAAUCCUUAUUAUAGAUUUGUCAUCUUCCUCUCCUAUAUCACAAAUAUUCAAAUAGAAGUUUUGCACUAUGAACGUUUAAUACAGAGUUUUGUAGGGAGCCUCUUGAAUCCAUUAUCCUCUUUGGUUCAAAUAUUUUUUUGCUGGCAAUAAGGAAAAAGAAGCUAAAAUUCUGUAUUAGCAGACCAUUUGAUAUUAUAGGAUUCAUACAAUCGAUAUCAUUAUCUUUCCCAUGUGGGUGCUAUUUGAAUCGGUCCGUAAAUGUUUAGCGAUUGAUUGAAUAUUUCGCAGGAUUGAUUGAACACUGUCCAACUCGGGGAGAUGGGAUUUUUCAGUGCUAUUUUGAGUCUUAUUGGUUUUGGAUUUGGCAUUCCAAUUGGGCUGCUCAUUGGAUACUUCAUUUUUAUAUAUUUUCAGCCAAAUGAUGUGAAGAAACCAAUAAUGAGGUCAAUUGGUGAACUAGAUUCAAAGGCUUUGCGAGGUCUUCUACAAGAAAUUCCAUUGUGGGUCAAAAAUCCUGAUUAUGAGAGAGUUGAUUGGCUUAACAGCUUUGUUUCUGAGAUGUGGCCCUAUCUUGAUAAGGCAGUUUGUAACAUAAUAAGAGAUACAACAAAGCCCAUCAUUGACCAAUACAUUGGAAAAUACAAGAUAGAAUCUAUUGAAUUUAAAGCUCUUACAUUGGGGAGUCUGCCACCUACACUGCAAGGAAUUAAAGUAUUUGACACUCGAGAGGAUGAAUUGAUAAUUGAACCUGCCCUGAGAUGGGCUGGAAAUCCAAAUGUGAUUGUGGAAGUAAAAGUAUUUGGUAUAGUGGCAACUGCACAGCUGGUGGACUUGCAGGUUUUUGCUGUUCCAAGGAUAACAAUGAAGCCUCUUGUGCCAACAUUCCCAUGCUUUGGUAAGAUAUCAGUAACCCUUAUGGAGAAGCCACAUGUUGACUUUGGACUAAAAUUAGUUGGGGGAGAUGUUAUGGCUAUUCCUGGUCUAUACCGAUUUGUCCAGGAGUAUAUUAAAGAAGAAGUUGCAGACUUAUACAUGUGGCCGAAGUCACUUGAUAUACCUAUUUUAGAUGACCCCAGGGCAAUGAAGAAGCCUGUUGGUAUGCUGAAUGUGAAGGUGAUUGGGGCAUCUAACUUGAAGAAGAUGGACAUUCUAGGAAAAUCUGAUCCUUACGUGAAAUUGAAACUGACAGGAGACAAGCUACAAUCAAAAAAAACAUCUGUUAAAAUGAACAACUUGAACCCUGAAUGGAAUGAAGCAUUCAACUUUGUUGUUAAAGACCCUGGGUCUCAAGUUCUUGAAUUGUAUGCCUAUGACUGGGACAAGGUUGGUGCACAUGACAAGAUAGGCAUGCAAAUUGUUCCUUUGAAAUAUCUUACAGCUUAUGAAUCCAAGAGAUUUAAACUUGAUCUGCUUAGAUCCAUGGACCCAAAUGACCCUCACAAUAAAAAGCCACGAGGGCAAAUCACUGCAGAAUUGACUUACAAUCCAUUCAAGGAGGAUGAAAAUUCAUUUAAUGUGGAUGACAGUGGAAUUGCAGUUGACAAACCUCCUGAGGGCGUACCAGAAGGUGGAGGUUUGCUAGUUGUCACUGCCCAUUCAGCUGAGGAUCUUGAAGGCAAGCAUCAUACCAAUCCUUAUGCACAACUUAUUUUUAUGGGCGAGAAGAGGAAAACACAGCCAUUGAAGAAAAAUAGGGAUCCAAGAUGGGAGCAAGAUUUUGAGUUUAUGCUGGAAGGGCCACCUGUCAAUGAAAAGCUCCACGUGGAUGUUAUUAGCAGAGCCAUGGGCCUUAGCUUGCAUUUUAAGGAACAUUUGGGGUACGUGGAUAUUAAUCUGUCAGAUGUUGUACAUAAUAAACGGAUCAACGAGAUCUACCAUCUUGUGGAUUCAAAGAAUGGAAAAGUUCAUAUUGAGAUGCAAUGGAGAACUUGAAUAUAGUCAGGUACAUUUGGAGAGAAUCAAAUAUAGCAUUUUUUAAACCAAUUUCUUUAUUACCUUACAUCAUAAGAAGCUGCUUUUGUGACAGUCUUCAACUAGCAAUAAUUCAACCUUUUUUUGUAGCAUAAUAGAAAUAUGCAUCAUUCCGUGAGUAUGGUAUAUGAGGCUUAGAAAUUGUUGGGAUAUAUUAUCAUAGGACAGUAAUGGCAUUGACGCAGAAAGCCUCCAUGGCAUGUUCAAAACUGUUCAAAGCCCUCUGUAAGAUGUCUCACACAUGCAAUGGUGUUGUGCUGCUAUUCAAAUAUUACUAUUCUAUGAUAAAAAUUGAGC